ACACCGGUCUCCCCUCUACUUGUUCACACACGCACUCGCCUUCACGCCGAGUGUGUCUCAAUAAAGUGGCGGUGGAUGUCACCAAGAUAAAGUCAAUGUUUCUUCUUCCCCGUGCCGAUCCGCUUGGCCCCGGAGACAUAACAGCUCGUCCUUCAAGGACCCCUUCCCGCUGAGCUCCCCUCCUCCGGUCAGGAUGUCAUGGCGUCCUCAGUACCGCAGCUCCAAGUUCCGGCACGUGUACGGCAAAGCGGCGACCAAGGAGAGCUGCUACGACGGCGUGCCCAUCACCCGCAGCGUCCAGGACAACAACUUCUGCGCUGUCAACCCUCGAUUCCUCGCCGUCAUCACAGAGUGUGCGGGGGGCGGGGCUUUCCUGGUCAUCUCGCUCCAUCACACGGGUAAAGUGGACCCUCACCACCCGCGAGUGUCGGGCCACCGUGGCAACGUUCUGGACGUGAAAUGGAACCCCUUCAAUGACUACUGCAUCGCUUCCUGCUCCGAGGACUCCACGGUGAAAGUGUGGGAGAUCCCUCCUCACGGCCUCUUCAAGAACAUGACGGUGCCCUGGAAGGAGCUGCAGGGCCACAGUCGGCGGGUGGGCCUCAUCGAGUGGCAUCCCACCGCCAACAACAUUCUCUUUAGCACAGCGUACGAUUACAAGGUGAUGAUCUGGAACCUGGACUGCCCGGAGCAGGUGAUCAAGAAUCCCGUGCGGACCAUCGGCCACCACGCCGACGUGGUGCUGUCCAUGUCCUUCAACGCCGACGCCAGCCUCAUGGCCACCACCUGCAAGGACAGGAAGGUGCGACUCAUGGAGCCGCGUUCGGGGACGCUGCUGCAGGAAGCCAGCUGUAAGACGCACAAGUCCAGUAAGGUCGUGAUUCUGGACAACGUCAACAAGCUGCUCACUUCGGGAACGUCCAGAUGGAACGAUAGACAGGUCGCGCUUUGGGAUCUGGACGACUUGUCAGUGCCUUUGUUAGAGGAAAACCUGGACGGUUCGUCAGGGUUCCUCUUCCCGUUCUACGACCCCGACACGCACAUGCUGUACCUUGCCGGGAAGGGCGACGGGAACAUCAGAUACUACGAAAUCAGCUCGGAAAAGCCAUACAUCCACUUCCUGACGGAGUACCGAUCCAAUUUACCUCAGAAAGGGAUGGGUGUGAUGCCAAAGCGAGGCCUGGACGUGAGUUUGUGCGAAGUGUUUCGUUUCUACAAACUGGUGACCGUCAAGUCCCUCAUAGAGCCCCUGUCCAUGAUCGUGCCUCGCCGGUCAGAGUCUUACCAGGAGGACAUCUACCCCAUGACGCCCGGCAACAAGGCCGCCUUGACGGCCGACGAGUGGCUGAGCGGCAUCGACAAAGGCCCGGUUCUAAUGUCGCUGCGACCCGGGCAUCCGACCGACGAAACACACGGCGAGACCGACAAAGGCCCGGGCAGGCCCCACGCGCGAACGUACGCUAUUCACGAGCGUUCGUCCGCCGCUGACGGCGAGCCGGACGAGAACGGCGGGACGUCGCUCAGCAACGGGCGACGCGACUUCUCCCUCUGUUCGCCACCUAAGACGGAAAAUGAGCUUCGCAUCAAGUUCCACAAGCAGCAGGACGAGAUCCGGCGGCUGCUGGAGCUUCUGCAGCAGCGUGAUGUGCACAUCAAGCAACUGGAGCUUCAGAUCAACAAUAUGAAAAACACGCAGCGCAAUUCUUCGCUUUAGCAAUUUUUUUUCCAGUUCUACACACAGAAGGUGAUGUAAAUACACUCAGUGAUUUUUACCAACACACUUUUUUCUCAUUGUCUGCCAUUGACAGCGAUGGACGUCCAAUCCGUUUUGACUGGGAGGGGCGAAUAAACGAAUGUUUGAUAGAUUAAUGUGUUGAUAACUUUGAUAGUUUGAGCUGUCGUCUAAUUUUGCAGUUAAUUGAUGAAUUACGUAGAUUAAUCUGUCACCUAGAUUUGCGAUUAAUCUAAUUUCUUUCAUCAUUUUAUACUGCGCGUUUUUUCGGCAUGCCGCACAGCCCGAACCGUUUGAUCGAUCGGCACCGGUCAAACAUCGAAACGACAGGAAUUUAUCUGUCGUCUAAUUUUGCAGCUAAACCGAUUUUGCGAUUAAUAGAUAGAUUUGAUAGAUUCAUCUGUUUAAUCAUUUUGCAGUUAAUCAAUGGUUUACAUAGAUUAAUCUGUCACCUAAUUUUAAUCUUAAUCUAAUUUGUGAUUAUUUGUGACUCAGUUCAUGAUUAAUCAAUUAUUUUUAUUUAUUGAGGCAUUUGAUAGAAUGUUUCAAUAUAAUGUCGCAACCCAUCAAAUUUUUUGAGAGAAAUCUUUCGAAUGUUGUUGCUAUUUUUUUUAAAUUUUGCGAUCAAUCGACGAUUUUGGUAGAUUAUCCCGUCGUCUAAUUUUGUAGUUUAUCUAAUUUCGAGAUAAAUCGAUAGAUUUGAUAGAUUCAUCCGUUGACUCAUUUGGCAACCAAUCAAAUUGUGCGAUUAAUCGAUGGAUUUGAUAGAUUACUCUGUUGAUUAAUUUUGCAGUAAACUGAUGAAUUACAUAGGUUAAUCUGUCACCUAAUUUUAAUCUUGUGAUUAUUUGUGACUCAGUUCACGAUUAAUCUAUUUUUUUAAUUUAUUGAGGCGUUUGCUAUAUUGUUUCAAUAUAAUGUCGCAACUCAUCAAAUUUUUCGAGAGAAAUCUUUCGAAUGUUGUUGCUAUUUUUUUUUUUUUUUUUUUUGAGAUUAAUCGAUGAUUUUGGGAGAUUAUCCUGUCGUCUAAUUUUGUAGUUCAUCUAAUUUUGAGAUAAAUCAAUAGAUUUGAUAGAUUCAUCCUUUGACUCGUUUGGCAACCAAUCAAAUUUUGCGAUUAAUCAAUGGAUUUGAUAGAUGACUCUGUUGAUUAAUUUUGCAGUAAACUGAUGAAUUACAUUGGUUAAUCUGUCACCUAAUUUUAAUCUUAAUCUAAUUUGUGAUUAUUUGUGACUCGGUUAACAAUUAAUCUAAUUUUUUUAUUUAUUGAGGCGUUAGAUAUAUUGUUUCAAUAUAAUGUCGCAACUCAUCAAAUUUUUUGAGAGAAAUCUUUCGAACGUUGUUGCUAUUUUUUUAUUUUGCGAUUAAUCGAUGAUUUUGGGAGAUUAUCCCGUCGUCUAAUUUUGUAGUUCAUCUAAUUUCGAGAUAAAUCGAUAGAUUUGAUAGAUUCAUCCGUUGACUCAUUUGGCAACCAAUCAAAUUUUGCGAUUAAUCGAUGGAUUUGAUAGAUUACUCUGUUGAUUAAUUUUGCAGUAAACUGAUGAAUUACAUAGGUUAAUCUGUCACCUGAUUUUAAUCCUAAUCCAAUUUAUGAUUAUUUGUGACUCGGUUCACAAGUAAUCUAAUUUUUUUGAUUUAUUGAGGCGUUUGAUAUAUUGUUUCAAUAUCAUGUCGCAACUCAUCAAAUUUUUUGAGAGAAAUCGUUCGAAUGUUGUUGCUUUUUUUUAUUUUAUUUUGCGAUUAAUCGAUGAUUUUGGGAGAUUAUCCCGUCGUCUGAUUUUGUAGUUCAUCUAAUUUUGAGAUGAAUCGAUAGAUUUGAUAGAUUCAUCCGUUGACUCAUUUGGCAACCAAUCAAAUUUUGCGAUUAAUCAAUGAGUUUGACGGAUUAUUCAACUGUAUCGACUAAUUUUGCGAUGAAUGGCUGAAUUUUGAUAGAUGAAUCUGUCCACCCAUUUUUGAUUAUUCGGUGAAUUUUGAUGGAAAUGAGACGUGAGCAUUAACUGCCGAACCUCCCUCUCAAAACGAAUUGGACGUCUAGUGCUGUCAAUGGCAGGCAAUGAUUUUUUUCCCCUUUUUUUAAAUAACGCAGCUAUGCAACUUUUAAAACUUUUUUUAAGGGCUUUUUAUGAGCACACAAAAAUGAUGCGUGAUCGUAUUCAAACACUUUUUAAGUUCUGAAAAGUACACUGGAAAGAAAAAAAUACAAUUGUGUGGAAAAAAAAAAGAAUAAUAAAUGUCAAAUAUUUUCAAGGAGACGUUUGUAAUUUUUUAUUACAAAAUUGAAUAGUCAUUUUUUUUGCGAAAUUACUUGAAUUUCCCAUUUUUAUGAUUUUCCUAAAAUGAAAUACUCUUCUCAAAAUUGUAAUUUAUUCCUGUAAUAUUUCCACUUUUAUUUAAUUUUUAUGUAUUGAAGUAAUAAUUUAUAUGCUUCUUUUUUUUAAAUCUCAGAAAUAUAAAUAUGCACAAUAUUUUGUGAAUGAACCUUUGGAGAAAACAUUUUUUGGAAAGCCAAAAUAUGAAAACAAUUUUUUGAGGAAGAAAAAAAAUCUUUCAUGCUUUUUCAGAAUCAACUCAAAAUUUUUGUCGAUAUUAAAUGGAAUAUAGAAAGAAUAACAAAAUAAAAUUGCUUAAUUUUGUUUGUCAUCACAUUUUUAAUUCAUUCACAUUCAAUACUUUUAUUUUGCCAAAUAAUGGUCCUAGUUUACUGAUAAAUUUAAACAAAAUUUCGUUAAUGUUAUUACAUUUCUGGAAGUAUUCCAUCAUUUUUCUGUGUAAAUUGGCAAAAAUUGCAACAUGCCUUGAAAAAGUUUACAAUAUUCAACAAAUAUGCUGUUAUUUUUCUUCUUUUCAGUGUACUGAUAUUGUGCUUCCACCUUCUUUGCUUUUUUACAUAAAAAAUUACUGUAUAAUUUGAAAUAUUUUCACUCUUUUGAUGAUCUUUUGCACACUUGGAGAAAACAGUCAUCCUCAUCUCUCGUUCUUGUGUUGAAAUCAGGAAGUCAAGACAAGUGUUUGACAUGAUAAAAAAAGCUUUCUUGACUGAUGUGGCGUCAAUGUGAAAAAAAAAAUCAAUAUAUAUUUAGAUUUCACCAAUCAGCACCACUUGUUCGCUUCCCUUUGACUUUUCAUCUCAGCUGGAGAAAAUGUCACGCACAUGCAAAAAUGCAUUAUUGUUCACGUUAUGUAUG